AUGGAUGACAGUGAGACGUCCGUUACGGACCUCUCGGUCUCACCGGAAUCGGUGGCAAUCGCAGUGGGUGGUGGUGGUGUCGGUGGAAUGCAAAUAUGCCCAUCCAUCAUGCUUGGGAGCACUCAGGCGUUACCAGCAGCUGCAAAGCACAUUUAUAGUCGGCUUGCAGCGAAUGCUUCAGAAGUCGACGAAGGCAUGCCGAAUCUCAUAGUUAGCCUGGUGUCCAAUGGGAAUCAGCUCUCUGAAAAGUAUCUAUCACGUUUUCAAUCGGCACUGAAUGUGUUGAUUGGUGGUGGUAGCUUAUGGCUAAUCUCUUCUGGUGAACAUCAUGACCCUCUCGCUAGAACGGUCAGCAGUGCACUACGAACGGUACUGCCGCAGACAGAAUGUGAUGUGGAGGUAUUGCAUGUGAUGGUGAAUACGGCAACAGUAACUGCAAGAGAAGAGGGUCGACUUAUGGUUGACUCCUCCCUUAACACCCUUCUACUUCUAUCCAGGAACAUCGAGCCCGGUGAAGAGGCUGUUUUCCGUGCAAACGCCGUCGUGCGGCUCGCUCAUCCGCCUCCAGGUGAGUCUUCUGGUGGCACAGUAGGCACCUUUACUAUCUGA